AUGGCUGCAACUACUAGUAGCAACGCGCGGCUCCACGCAGGCCGCAAGCUGCUUGCCCUUCCUCUUGCCUUCCUGCUGCUCCUCGCCGCCACCAGCGCCAGCGCCGCGCAGCCCGUCCUUCACCCAUCCACCUCCGCCACCGGCUCGCCGCGCAGCAUCUCCCGCCGUGCGCUCGCCCGCGCGGAUGCCGCCGUAUACCCGCAGAGGGUGGAGCGCCGAAAGCUCUUUAGCUGGGACGGCGUGACCGUGGAUCAGAUCAUUGCGGGCAGCCUGGGCACGAUCGACGGUCCAGAGGACGACGAGGUGACGACGAAGAUCGUGGAUCUAUUCAUGAACGCGGGGUACAACGUGAUGGUCAUUCAGAGCGCGCACUCCGUGCAGGGCGACCCGGCGUCUGCGGCGGUGGAGGUGUGGCACUUCUGGGAUAACUCGGAGUUCACCGUGUAUUACAAGCAGGGCCCCUUCUCCGUGGAGAAUCUUGGCAAUGGCGGCUACGAGAACUGGGCCUUCGGCGGCAACUGGCAGCGCUACGGCGCCGAUCAGAAGGUCGUCGUGUUCUCUUGA